AAGCAUUUGUCGAAUGUGCCUGUCCACUGAUUGUGCUUUGGAGCUCGUGGCAAACAAUGAUUCCGGCGAAUACCUAUUUCAAAAAAUCUUCAGGUUUUCCAGCGUUCAGAUGAUACCAUUAGCACAAUUUCCAACGUAUUUGUGUACGAAAUGCAAAGCGCAUAUUCAUAAUGUGUAUAUGUUCCGCGAUAAAUUCUGCAAAAACUUUAGAAUGGUCAAUCGAUUCGAACUGGACUCAACAAAUUUGAACGAAUCUAAACUAGUUCUAGAUCACUCCGAGCGCGGUGUCGAGUCGGUGUCGGUGAAAACUGAGGAUGUAACAGUAGACCCGGAGAAUGGUUCUGACGCGCAAACACUGCAUUCUGAUUCAAAGCAGAAAAGUACAACAUACGAUUAUAGUAAACAUGACGAUUUAUUCGAGGCAGAAGAACAAUCGUUGGAAGCUCUUUUGAAAAGUGAACCUGCUGAGGACCAAGAACAGCAAAUUGAUUCAUCGGCAGUAGAUCAGGGAAGUUUGCAUGGCAUCCCAAACGCAGAACCACUGAAUUUAAACUGUUACAUUGAAGAAGAACCGCUCGUGACAUAUUCAAACAGCGAAACGGAGUCCAAAUUCAGUGAAACAAAUUCGAUCGUUCAAGGAAAAUCAGGAUCUAACGAUGCUCAAUGUGCCUCUGCGGGUGAGCAACAAAAACCAUUACCAUCGAGUUCUCAAAAGUCGACCAAGCAAGAUACAAAUGUUAGUAGUAAUGUGCAUAACAAACCAAGACACCUGUGCCCCUAUUGUCCCUCUGAAUUCGUAAAAUUCGCCUAUCUACGGGAUCAUAUUCGCAAACAUACAGGCGAAAAGCCAUUUAAGUGUAAUGUCUGCAACAAAGCGUACCACGCGAAAAAAUUUCUGAAGCAACAUUCUAGGAUUCACAAUACGGACCAACAUUAUCAGUGUCCUCAUUGUGCAGUUAAGUUAGUGGAUUUAUACAAACUAAACAAUCAUAUUCGCACUCACACAGGCGAAAAGCCUUUUAAGUGUGAUGUCUGUAACAAAGCGUUCCAUUCUCCACAAAUUCUGUCGAAACAUUCUAAGAUACAUAAUACGGACUGCCAUCAUCAGUGUCCUCACUGUCCUGUUAAGUUCGUUGAUUUAUGCAAACUAAAGGAGCACAUUCGUACCCACACAGGGGAAAAACCUUUUAAGUGUGAAGUUUGUAACAAGGCGUUCCACGCGUCAAAAAUUCUGGAAGCUCAUUCUAAACUUCAUAAUACGGACCUACAUCAUCAGUGUCCUCACUGUCCAGUUAAACUCGUUAAUUUGUACAAACUAAAAGUGCAUAUUCGCACUCACACAGGCGAAAAGCCUUUUAAGUGUGAUGUCUGCAACAAAGCGUUCCACGCGGCACAAUUUCUGGCAGCUCAUUCUAAAAUUCACAAUAAGAGCCAAGUUAACCCUCGCUGAUAGAGCAGUCGGUAACGCUCGUCACUGUCAGGCAGCUGGCCUGAGUUCGAAUCCUGAGACCUGUUGUCACGCAGCCGG